AUGCGGCCUCCGAAGUCCCCCGCGAGCAGCGGGGAGAUUGCGCUCCUCGAGGCGGAGGAGAUGUUGUUCGGCGCGAACCAAUGGUCCCCCGCGAACAGCGGAGAGAUGCCGCUCGUGGGAUCAAGGGAGUUUGCGCCGCUUCCGGCGACCCCGGAACGGCGCAGGGGCGACUACGAGGAAGUGAGCGAGGGGUUGGUGGUGGAGGUCGCACCUGGGGGAGGCAGCAUGCACCGCUCCACGUCGCCGUCGCUGUGGAACCAGCUGGGUAGCGCCCCCAAGGCCUCGCAUACGCGCUAUGCGCGCAAGGCGCAGCACCGCCACGGGCUGUCUCUCGGCGACGCGCCCUUCGCUGAUGCGCCCGUCGGCAUGGAUGCGCCGCUGCCGCUGUCUGCUCUUCCGCCAGUUGUCGUUAGCGGGGCCAGCGCGCCCGCAUCGAGCGUCAGCGCGGACAGCAUCGCCGUUGGUAGCUCGGCGCGAGUGGGAGCAACCGGAGCGGCCGUAGCGGCGGGAAGAAGAGCAGCAAGGGCCGGGGUUGCGGUGCGGGCGAGCGCGUCGGCCGUGGAACUGGACCGUUGGAGCGUGCUGCCGUACGAAGGCGGGCGGGAAAAGCCGCGCGAGUCGCGAGAGUCGAUGCGAGUCAAGCAGGCGCCGAGCAGCAAGGAGCACGGCGGAGUGACGGGCGGAGCGGCGGCAGUGCCGGGCGACUUCCUCUCGUCGUACUUCGGCGAUGCGCCCGACGCGUACGUUGGCGAGUUCGCGCUGCAGGAGGCGCGCAACGCGGCGCGUAACGCGCACAAGAAGACAACGGCGCAAACCGAAAGCGUUGUCAGUGCGACCCCCGCGCAAGCAGCUAACGGCGGACGCGGAGGCAACAUCGUGGCCAUGCAAGACGCCGCGGACAUUCGCCAUGAGGUGGCCGUGAUGGAGGCGCUCAAGGGCCAUCCGCAUGUGGUGAAGAUUGAGGAUACGUGCGAGGACGAGGAGGCGGUGCAUAUCGUGAUGGAGCUUUGCUCCGGAGGUGAUUUGUUCGAUCGUGUGAAGGAUGAGGGCCGGCUGAAGGAGCGGACGGCUGCGAUCGCGUGCCAGCAGGUGGUGCAGGCGCUGAUGUGGUGCCACGUGUCAGGCGUGGUGCACCGGGAUGUGAAGCCGGAAAACAUUCUGCUCAAGGGGCGGAGAGAGGGCGGCAGUGAUGGGGAUGCGCAGAACAAGGGGAAUCUGGGCGCGGCUGCAGCGGUGCUGGGAGGCAUUAUGGCUGCUCCUGCGAAGGCGAGCCAUGCACGGAGGAAGCUGGGCACGCUACAGUACAUGGCGCCUGAGGUGCUCUCGGGAACAUACGGCCAGGCGGCUGACAUCUGGAGCGCGGGCGUGGUGCUGCACAUCAUGCUCUCGGGUCGCACGCCCUUCUUUGCGUCCGCUCGGACGCACCGUGCAGGAGGCGAUUCUGCACGGCCCUGUGCGCAUGCGCGGGCCCCACUGGGAGGGUGUGAGCGAAGACGCCAAGAGCCCUCGUGCGCGCCAUGCUGGAUAAGGAUGCCUCCACACGAAUUACUGCCAAGGAGAUUCUUGGUCAUCCUUGGAUUGCCAAAUACACGCAAUGAAGCCGCUACAGUGUCUCUAGACACCAUUGCUGACGUCUGGAAGCUUCCUUCUCUUUUACCUGCUCGGGAGCAAGUCCUGCUUCAGCUGCGGAACCAGCCUUUGCCUGGAAGUUUCCUGGCGACAAGAGGUGCUGCGCUGGGUGCAUCUUGUGGGGAUGGUGGGAUUCAAGGCUUGUCGGCGCAGGAGGGUGGAAUGCAGGGGGGUGGAUCGCUGGGGCGUAUGGCACAGGGGGGUGAAUCGCCGCGUGCCUCUCUGGUGGGUGCAGCAACGCGGGCGAGCGGAGGGCGUGAUGUGCUGUGCGAGGGGGGGCGAGCGUGGGACGUGCACGCCACGGGGAGGCUGGAGGGGGUUGGGGUGGUGGCAGGCGGUGUGAGGAGCGGUGGCAUGGGCGCGGGAGGCGCGGCGGGUGUGGGAUGCGGAGGGAUGGGUGCGGGAGGCGAGUGGGAGCUGCUGCAGCAGCUGCUGGGGGGAUCGGCUCUGGUGGGCGAGGGUGGUGGUGGUGCUUCUGCUGCUCCUGCUGGUGGUGGCGCGAGUUCAGGAGGAGCGCUUCAAGCGCAAGCCAUGGGGCUGGCACAGCAUACCAACCAACGCGCUGCUGCUGCUGCUGCUGUUGCUGCUACGGCCACCACUUCGCGUUCUGCUUCUGCUGCUGGUGUUUUUGCUGCCAGUACGAGUGCAGCACUGGAAGUUCCUGCGCGGUCAUCAGUGGGAGGGAAGAGGCUCCGGGACCAACCAACAGCUGCUAUGCCGGCUGCUGCUGCUGCUCUUGCCUCUGCUGGUGCUGCUUCAGCCGCUGCUAGUCGUGGGGCACUUGGCAGUGCUGCGCCUCCCCCUCCUGCCUUCCGAGCCUGCGAAACAGCCUCGGGAUCACCUGCCACGACGGAUUCCCCUGCCACGUCAGCGUCGGCGCUCUCAUCACCAUCGCAUUCCACAUCGGGCUCUGGAGGAAGCUCGUCCGGUCAGGGCGGAGGGGUGCUGGGGAAAAGGGCGUCCGGCGGAGGUGUGCUGUGGGGACGUGUGGCGGGGGCAAGGGCAGGGGCUCGCGGGACAGAGGAGGAGCAGGCAGCGGCACAGGGGGGGGUUGCUUCGGGUGGGGCAGCAGGCGGGGAGAUGAUGGUGGUGGGCGGUAGGGUCCGAGGCAUGGAUUCCUUUGGAUUUACCAGGGCUAGUGCAUUGAUUGGUGGUGCUGCUGGUGGAACCGGGGGUGCUGCUGGGUUUGGCAGCGGUACUGGUGGUGGCGGGAGCAGCUACGCUGUUGCUAGGGAACUUUUGGAGGCAUUGCCAGGUGGCGCGACCGGAUUGGACGACCUUCAGUCGCUGCAGCCCCCGGGGUCUCGCCGCCGAACCUCCGGUCUUUACGGGGUAGGAGCAGUCUCUCUUGAUUAUAGGGAUGCUGUUUCUUUUAACGAAUCUGGCUAUAGCGGAUCUGGCUGUCGGGUUCCCUGGGGGGCCUGGGAAGGAGGAGCAAGUGGUAUGUCAGAUCAACUUAUAAAGGGGAUGGGGGAGAAUGCAGCAAGAGGAGGCAACGCUGCAGUGGCAGCACUGUCCGCAGCUUGGUGGGAGGCUCGGGGGCAGGUCGGAGCCUUGGAAUUCCCCAGGCCUACCGCUGGACCUGUAUCCGUUGAAGUUACAGGCCCGGAUGUUUCUGGGAAGUUUCGCUCAGUGGAGAAAUUUGCGCGGGCACAGAUGGUGGCGAUGGCGGAGGCGGCAGAGGCGGGCGACACCGGGCGGUUUCACUCGGCGUUUGUGCAGCUGAAGCCGCUGGGGAAGGUGCGAGGAAAUGCGGUGGAGCGGCUGACGCACUACGUGUUGGAGGGGCUGAUGAGGCGCAUGGCUGGGACAGGGUUCCAACACUUCUGCACCCCUCUUAGGCGCCCUCCCAAGAGCAAGCAUGGUGAAAAGCGGGUGCAAGUUACGCAAGCUUUACUCAAAUCUGGCGCUCCCUCCUCCCUUUCCCUUUCCCCUUCUCCUCCCCCCUUUCCCUCCCCCUUUCUCCUCCCACCUUCCCCUCCCCCCUUCCCCUCCUCCCGGUCCCAGGAGCUAGACGAGGCCCUGACCCUGUACGCGUCCUCACAGCCGUUCCCGCUCUUCGCGAGCAUCUCGGUGGCGGGGCUAGUAGCAGAGGCAGUGAGUGGCAGCACGCACGUACACAUAGUGGACUUUGGGUGCUUCCAGCCCAUCCACCUGCCCGUGCUCAUGGACCUCCUCGCCUCCCGCCCCGGGGGGCCGCCGUCUCUGCGCCUCACUGGGAUGGACACCGCGAGUUUCAUUUGUGCGGGGAGGAAGGACUUUAAAAGGCUGAGGGCGAUGGAGGACGUGGGGAGGCGGCUGCGCGGCGUGGCGCGGCACCUGGGCGUGCCGUUUGAGUUUGAGAGCGUGAAUGUGGACGAGGAUAACCUGCAGCUGCUCUACCAGGUGAAGCGGCAAUGGCAUGAGACGCUGGUGGUGGUGUGCGCUCUGGAGCUGCUGCUGCUGCCCGACUCCCCCAACGGCCCUCGCCACUGCGUGCUGCGGUGGAUCCACGACAUGCAUCCGACACUCUUCACCUUCUGUGACGUGGACUUGGACACCAACCACAGUGCCUUCCUCCCGCGCUUUCAAGACAUUGUCGACCACCACCUCGCCACCUUCCAGUUUCACGAUGUCUUCCUCGGGAACGCCGACAAGCGCCUGCUCUCGGUCUUCGAGGAGAUUUACUUCGCGCGCUCUAUUAUCAACGGGAUUGCUUGUGAAGGGGAUGAGCGGGUUGUGCGGUCGGAGAGGGCGGGGCAAUGGAGGAAGCGGUUGUUACUGAUGGGGGAGGUGGGGCCCAAGGACGUGCGCAUCCGCAUCACGCACUGCGGCAUCUGCCACAGCGACCUGCACCAGGUCAAGAACGAAUGGGGCGGCUCGCAGUACCCCAUGGUUCCAGGACACGAGAUCGCGGGGGUGGUUGAGGCUGUGGGCUCCGAGGUGACGAGGGUGGCGGUGGGGCAGAGGGCGGGCAUCGGGUGCAUGGUGGACUCGUGCCGCACGUGCCAGCCAUGCGUGCAGCACGUGGAACAGUUCUGCCCGCAAUGCGUGUACACGUACAACAAGGUGGACCCCAAGACGGGCGAGUCAACGCAGGGCGGCUACUCCUCCUUCUACGUCUGCGACCAGGACUUCGUGCUGACAAUCCCCGACAAGCUGCCGUCCGACGUGGCGGCGCCGCUGCUGUGCGCGGGAAUCACUGUCUACUCGCCCAUGGUCUACUACGGCAUCAACCAGGCCGGCAAGCGGUUGGGAGUGGUGGGGCUGGGCGGGCUGGGGCACAUGGCGGUGAAAUUCGGCAAGGCGUUUGGCAUGCACGUGACGGUGCUGAGCACGAGUCCGAGCAAGGAGAAGGAGGCCAAGGAGGUGAUGUGUGCGGAUGAGUUCAUUGUCACCAAGGACGCCGACGCCAUGAAGGUGAGAGCCGACACCAUGAAGGCAGCAGUGGGGACAUUGGAUGCCAUAGUGGACACAGUAUCAGCGCAGCAUGACCUGGCACCAUACCUGGACCUCCUCACAUUCAAUGGCAAGAUGAUCCUUGUUGGCGUCCCCCCAGAGCCCUACGGUCUGCAUGCUGGCCAACUCAUUUUCGGCCGUAAGACUGUGGCUGGAAGUUUGAUUGGAGGGAUCAAGGAGACCCAGGAGAUGCUGGAGUUCUGUGCGGAGAAGGGGGUUGCGCCUAUGAUUGAGAAGAUUGACAUCCAGGACGUGAACAAGGCGUAUGAGAGAAUGUUGAAGAACGAUGUGAAAUACCGCUUCGUUAUUGAGAUAGAGAAGAGCCUCAAGUAA